GCGGAGCAGCAGAGACACGAAAUCCUGGAAGCUGCUUUCAGCCCCGAACAUCCCGCUGGAAGCGGAUCAGAACCAGUCGUCAGUGCAUUUCCCUCCAGGCGGCUGAACGGAGCUCCCCCUGCAGUAGCAGUGUUUCUCCAGCAGGGGGUUUGGACUUUAGGAUGCAGACCAGAACCACAGGAUGUGCCAAGAUCCAUGAGCAGCUGGGUCACAUUGGCUCUAUCAAAAUAUCUGUCUUACACGUUCUGUUAAUCAUUUAAGGUUUUCUUUCUCAGCUGGAGUUCAGAGGUCAGUAAGUGUCCAAAUUGUUUCUUGUUGUUUAUGUAAAAUCCUGUUUGAAUAUUGUCUUUUUAUCUUCAGGGACACUUCUCUGAUCUCUCUGCGUAAUAAAUACGUUGUUUCUGUUAGCCGGCCUGGAUUCUGAAGGAUGGAGGCCGCAGAAAGAUCUGCAGAUGUUCAGCUGAUGCUGCUGGUGGAGGAAGAUCCUCCUGAAGACCAGAGUUCUGAUGCGGAGCAGCCGGAUCCAGCGGCCGUCUGCAUUAAGCAGGAGCAGGAAGAGCUGUGGAGCAGCCUGGAGGAGGAGGAGGAGCUCCCUCCCUCUGGAGACGCUUUCCCUUUAAAUAUAGUCAUUGUGAAGGGUGAGAAUGACGAAGACGAUGAUGAAGAGGAGGAGAAACCUUUGUUCUCACAUCGUCAUCAAGCAGAAGAUGAAGAUCUUCCAAGCGGCUCUGCUGAUCCGUCGAAGGGAGAAAGUGAUGAAGAGGACGGUGAGGUAGCAGGGUCCAGCAGAAGGCUUGACCACAACAUUCACAGAGAGGCUCUGAACUCUUCAGAGACCGAGGAGAGCGAGGAGUACGAUAGAUCAAAGCGUGGAGAAGCUGACCUGAAGCCCCUAUCGGGUUCUGAGUCCGGAGCCGAAGACGACUGGACUCCUCCGGGAAACAAGACCCUGAGCUGCUCCGAGUGCAGCAACCAGUUCGCCAGCAAGCGCUCCCUCCAGAGACACAUGACGGGUCAUUCCAUCAUUCGCUCUCUGCACUGCAAUGAGAAGCGGAAGCAGAAAGACAUCAAUUCACCAGGUAAAGAUCAAACUGCCCUCAAAUAUUUUAGUUGUGACUGUGGGAAAAGUUUCACCAGGAGAACCGAUCUGAAGAUCCACAUGAGGAUCCACACCGGAGAGAAACCCUUCUGCUGCGACGUCUGUGGUCAGAGGUUCAACCAGCAGGCCCAUCUGAACCAGCACACCAGAAUCCACACUGGAGACAAACCCUUCUGUUGUGACGUUUGUGGGAAAAGAUUCAGCCAGAAGGCACAUCUAAACCGGCACACAGUGAGCCACUCAGGGGAGAAACCCUUUGAGUGCGACGUGUGUGGACAGAGGUACAGCCAACAGGCCAACCUGAACAAGCACAGGAGGAGCCACACUGGAGAGAAACCCUUCGGAUGUGAUCUGUGCGGACAGCGGUUCAGCCACAAGGAGUCGCACAAAAUCCACAUGAGGCUGCAUUCAGGAGAGAAACCGUUUGGCUGUGAUGUUUGUGGACAAAGGUUCAGCCACAAGGAGUCCCUGAAGAUCCACAUGAGGACACAUACAGGGAUGAAGCCGUUCGCCUGUGAAGUGUGUGGACAAAGAUUUGGCUACAAGUCCAACUUAAAAAUACACAUGAGGCUCCACACUGGAGAGAAACCGUUUUCCUGCGAUUUUUGUGGACAAAGAUUCAUCCAGAAAGGAAAUCUGGACAAACACACAAGAGUCCAUGUUGAAGGGAGGGGCGUCUUACUCUGAGCAGCAGAAAGACUACUUAUGACCACAGGGGGAUUUAAUAGCUUGUUUUAGACGAUGUUCUUAAUAUUUAUUGUUUCUGUUAAUAAAAUGUCCUGCGUGUUGAAUGACGGCUGGAUGGUGGCGCUAAUGAGCUAA